AUGGUGCUUAGUGCCAAUAAUCGUGAGGAACUCACUCAGCUGCGCGCAACCCUUUCAAAUACAGAGCAACUUGACGAGAUGACAGGCAACGUUGGCCACAGUCUAACACACAACCACUUGAACGGGGAACCAGUCCCACCGAGAACUUUAGACCCAGAAGCACAGGGUCUACCACAGCGUGCACCGGAUCUGCCUGCGCGGCGGGCCGCCAAUAACGAGGCAAACUUGUGGCCCGAGGUAAACUUGAGAUUUCCAGAUGCAAUAGAGCGACGCAGAUAUCUGCGUGCAUUCCUGCGCAACCUGAUAAUCCUAGACCACCUGCUUCUAAUGGUGCUCUUUCCGUUUUCGCUGUACAAUGUUCUCAGGAUACUCCUUACGGAGGUGACUUUCUCUAACAACGACUUUAUCGUCGACAUAGCUACUUAUUGCCGGCUGUCCAACAUUCUGAGUAGUGACGGUAAGUCUGUGGUGUUCUUCCGGAGCGGGUUUGGCCUUCUGGGCAAAUUCCACAACAUCAUUGUGUUUUAUUCUGCGCCCAUAUUUGUGUGGAUCACUUCCAAAAGUGCUAAUGGUUUCUGGAUAACCAGGGCCUAUACAACCUUAAUUAAGAGCAUCGCAGUAACGCUAUACAUGCUGUACGGAGUGGGAACUAGCGCAUAUGUCAGCUUUGCCUCGUUUUUCUUCGCCCUGUGUUUGCUGAUGACCGGGUUUAGACGCUACAAGGGCGUGGCUAAGAUUAUGGGCCAAAUUUAUCGCUCCACUACGGGAGUAUUCUGA